UUUCUUUUUUUUGCUAUAGGGUGUGAGCACUUGCCAGAGACAGAAAGCGAAAUGUCCUAUAUCUUAGGACAAGCGUUGCUUUGUGAGGAGGAAGGAUUCCAUUUCCUUAUGUCUAAAAUGAAGAGUUAGAAAAUGGAUAAUACUUAAAACACCCUGGUUGGGAGUCAGGAUGCUUUGACUGGAGAGAUCUCUGUCUGUGACACACUCUUGAGGACAGAGAUCAUGUAUUCAAUAGGGCGCUGAUGCUGAUAGGUGGACUUGGCCAAGGCUCUAAUCACAGUAUGUCCCCACUUUAGUGUAGAAGGCUAAAACUAUAACUUGUUCAAUAAACGAAUAUUUUUCCACUGUCAGUGCGUACAAAGGUGAAAAAGGGGAGUGGUAAAUCCUAGGCUUCUGGUUAGGUCGCGUGAUCGAUUGAUUCCCGUAGGUCGGGCAGAGGAAAACCUUUUAACGUUUUCAUUGGUUGUCGCGGACCCGCCCUUCUGUCACCAACCCAUCCCGGACGCCUGCUGGAAGCCUCACAGCCCGCAGAGAGCCAAUCCAAAGUGCAGGCGAGAGGGGCGGUGGCAGGGCGCUGACCCGGACUAGAUUACAGGGAAAGAUGUCGCAGUUCGGCUCGCCCGGUGCGGAGGGAUGCUGGGAAUCCUGGCCUGGGCGAGCCCGGCCCUCCGGCCGCUGAGCGCGGCGGCCAUGGAGGACGAGCAGCCUGACAGCCUCGAGGGCUGGGUGCCGGUCCGCGAGGACCUCUUCACCGAGCCCGAGAGGCACCAGCUGCGCUUUCUCGUAGCCUGGAACGAUGCGGAGGGCAAGUUCGCGGUGACUUGUCACGACCGCACGGCGCAGCGGCGGCGAUGGCGGCGCGAGGGAAACCGGCCGGGGCCCGGGACCGACCCCGCGCGGCUGCGCCAGAUUCUUGAAGGACAUGGAAAAGCCAACACCAUGGUAGCAUUAAUGGAACUUUAUCAAGAGGAAGAUGAAGCAUACCAGGAACUAGUUACUGUGGCAACCAUGUUUUUCCAAUAUUUACUGCAGCCAUUUAGGUAUAUGCGAGAAGUUGCAACUUUAUGUAAGCUUGAUAUUUUGAAGUCCUUGGAUGAGGAUAACCUGGGUCCCAAAAGGAUAGUUGCCCUGACAAAGGAAGCCAGAGAAUGGACCAGACGGGCUGAAGAAGCUGUUGUCUCUAUCCAAGAUAUCACAGUGAAUUAUUUUAAGGAAACAGUAAAAGCAUUAGCAGGAAUGCAGAAACAAAUGGAAGAUGACAGAAAAAGAUUUGGCCAGGCUGCCUGGGCGACAGCAACUCCCAGACUAGAAAAACUCAAGCUAAUGCUAGCUCGAGAGACUCUACAGCUCAUGAGAGCCAAAGAGUUGUGUUUAAAUCACAAAAGAAGUGAAAUUCAGGGAAAGAUGGAAGACCUUCCAGAGCAAGAAAAAAAUAUACACAUCGUAGAUGAAUUAGAACUCCAGUAUUAUGAAAUUCAGUUGGAACUAUAUGAGGUUAAAUUUGAGAUACUAAAAAAUGAAGAAAUACUGCUUAUUACACAGUUGGACUCUGUUAAAAGACUUAUAAAAGAGAAACAGGAUGAAGUUGUCUAUUAUGAUCCAUGUGAAAGUCCAGAGGAACUGAAAGACAUUGAUAGAGAGGUGGGGCUACAGGACCCUAAGGAUCUGGAAGUGCGAGAACUCAGCCGGCAGUGCCAGCAGCUGGAGUCCAAGCGGGGCAAGAUCUGUGCCAGAAGAGCCUAUCUCAGGAACAGAAAGGAUCAAUGCAAAGAAAACCAUCGGCUCAGACUGCAGCAGGCUGAAGAAAGUGUAAGAUAUUUUCAUCAGCAUCACAGCAUUCAGAUGAAAAGAGACAAGAUAAAAGAAGAGGAGCAAAAGAAAAAAGAAUGGAUAAACCAAGAACGCCAAAAGACACUCCAGCGAUUGAGAGCAUUUAAAGAGAAAUGUCCUGCUCGAACUGUACGAAAAAUCCCUCGCUCAGAACCCGCGGCUCCAAACCUACCAGGUGGCCUCUCCCAGUGGACAUCCUCACCAGCUUCUCGGACGGGGUCAGUCGCUCACCCGUCCUCCAGGAAAACCAGCAGUGCUCCCUUACUGGAAGCCACUAAUAAGAGAACCCCUGGGUGUCAAGACUGUGUUGCAGACAUUCCCGUCCAGAUGUCUGUUCCAGUUGGUGACCAGAUGCCCUCCAAAUCCAGUGAGGAACCGUCACUGCCACCCGCUCCUCCUCUUCCUCCUCCUCCUCCUCCACCACCUCCGCCACCUCUCCCCGCUCUGUCCUUGUCUUCUCAAACUGCAACUCAUAAGAACUUGGGCUUCAGGACUUCAGUAAAAGACGAUCAGCCGCUUCCUCUAGUGUGUGAACCACCUGCUGAAAGACCAUGCGAUCCCUUGGAAAGUUUUCAGUGCCCAGGAUCUAUGGAUGAGGUGUUGGCCUCUUUAAGGCACGGCAAGACCUUUCUCAGGAAAGUGGAAGCGCCCGCUUUGCCCCCUCCCCGCUCCUCGAUCAAUGAGCACAUUCUGGCCGCCAUCAGGCAAGGAGUCAAACUGAAGAAAGUGCACCCAGACUCUGACCCAAACCCCAGCAGUAAACCAACCAGUGAGCUCGAGAGGAGCAUCAAGGCAGCGCUCCAGAGAAUCAAGAGGGUGUCCGCGGACUCGGAGGAAGACAGUGAUGAGCAGAACCCCGGCGAGUGGGAUCAGUGAGCCCUUCUCCAGGUUUGCCAGGGCUCCCUGUGUGAUGUGUUCAGAUGAACCGAUGCAGGCCAGGCCUCUUCCUGAAAAGCAUGUGAACGGUCACAAAAGACCCCAAAAGAUCAGCUUUGAGUGUGAGACUGUGACUUUUAUUGACACUGUGACUCUUUUAAAACUGGGGAAGGAAGCAGAGGUGUGGUGAUCGUCACGUACCAACCCACAGCUGGAGCAGGUGUUGCAGCUGUUAAGGGAUGAGUGCUUACUGUUCCCUGUGGGUAACCUAGACGCACCGGCUGAUUGUGAAGGAAGUUUGCGCUGCAGUGCUGAGCAGCACCAUUAGACCACUGACCAUGCCCUGU